AUGUAUUUAACCACCACACUCGCACCAAUUCCUCCCACCAACUCAAACUUUUCUUCGCUUCAAACCAUAAAUUUACAAAGAAAGCCACUUCCACCAAUUCCACAAAGACAAGUUCAUCAACAGACUCAAUACAAUAUACAGCGAUUAGAUCAACAACAUUAUACUUCGAGAGCUCAACAACAACAGAAAUCCACGAUGCAAUACUACACAGAACAACCACCACCACUACCACAAAAGUCUAAUAAUCAUAACGUAACGAAGAAUCCUUCGAUAAUAUCUCAAGAGGGCUCGUUGUUGGAGCAAGUACCUGAGCGCGCAACAGAAUUUGCCUCUCAUAUGACUUGUUUCCUGUGGUUCGGUGAUUACUUGAUUGAUCCGCACACCCCCUCAAUAAUAACUCCACCACCACCCCCAGGUGGGAAUGGUCACAGGAGAUACGCUGAAUACAAACCCAGGGACGCGUUUAAAAAGUUUUGCAAGGACGUUAUCUCUGCCACUCAAGUUUCCCAUUCCGUGAUUCUCUUAUCGCUACUUUACAUUCAUCGAAUGAAGAUCAAUAACCCCACAAUCAAAGGUCAAAGUGGUUCAGAGUACAGGACCUUUACCGUCGCGCUCAUGUUGGCAAAUAAAUUUUUAGAUGACAACACCUAUACAAACAAAACAUGGUCAGAAGUAACAAAUAUUCCGGUUUCGGAGAUUAAUACAAUGGAGAUGGAAUUCUUGAGUUCGUUGGAUUAUGAAUUAUACGUUUCUGAACAACAAUAUUUUGAAUGGGUGCGAAAGAUGGACUCUUUCAUCGAAAACGAUGAUCACAACUCGUCUGACUGCGGCAUGGUUGUACCACAAUAUUCACAAUCAUAUUUAUCUGCCGAACAGGCUUUUGAUGGGAUCAUGGUAUCUCCUCCAAAGAGGACCAGUUUAUAUCCAGUUUACACGUCCGUUCCUGCUUCACAACAACAGUUAGUUGUUCAAUCAUCGCAACCACAAUAUACCCAAACGAUAGCGUACCCAACCCCACCAUCAAGCUCCGGUGCCACUCGACAAGUCACUUAUUAUAAUAUACCAACCACCACCUCAAAUUCCUCUUCCGUGAUGUACACAACCAGUCAUUCUUCGCGAAGACAGCAACCUCAGCAGGCUAAUUAUGAUGUUCGCUCGUCAUAUUCAACAAAUGUACCCGUGAGAACGUCUCAAGCUCAAUACACGACUUUUAUAAAUCCAAUGGUAUACAUCACCGCAAGACGAAUGCAAUCAAAUCUCAUCAAUUCAAGAUCGGGAUCUUCUGGCUUCCCAAUUAAUAAUUUGUCAUUUCCAACUACCGCUGGUACAGGAUUGGACCAAGCCACCCACACCCGCACGGCACCAACCACUCGGUGA